GGUUACAGUUCAGGACAAGAUAGGAAUCCUACCAUCAGUUUGCUUGCAACCAGAUUGAAAAACUGACCCUGCAGUUGAAGCAGACAAAGAAGAAAGCCGAGGAGGAAAAGAAGAAACCGCCACUUCAGGUCCGUGAGCGGUGCUGCUUCAAUAAAAGCCUUCGACCUGCCACAUCUUGGGGCGAGAAUGGGCACAUUCUGGGGUGCAGCCUUCUUCGUGCUGGGGGUAUCCUGUGUUUGCAGCACUGUCUUCUACAGAGAACAGCUGACUUGGUUUGAAGGCGUCUUCCUGUCUUCCAUGUGCCCUAUCAAUGUCAGUGCCGAUACCUUGUAUGGAAUUAUGUUUGAUGCAGGGAGUACCGGAACUCGAAUUCAUGUUUACACCUUUGUGCAGAAAAUACCAGGACAGCCUCCGAUUCUGGAAGGGGAAAUUUUUGAUUCUGUGAAGCCAGGACUUUCUGCUUUUGUAGAUCAACCCAAGCAGGGUGCUGAGACUGUCCAAGGACUCUUAGAGGUGGCCAAAGACUCGGUCCCUCGAAGUCACUGGAAAAGGACCCCGGUGGUCUUGAAGGCCACAGCUGGACUGCGUUUACUGCCAGAGCACAAAGCCCAGGCUCUGCUCUUCGAGGUAAGGGAAAUCUUCCAGAAGUCACCUUUCCUGGUACCAGAUGACAGUGUUAGCAUCAUGGACGGAGCCUAUGAAGGAAUAUUAGCCUGGGUUUCUGUGAAUUUUCUGACAGGGCAGCUGCAUGGCCACAACCAGGAGACUGUGGGGACCCUGGACCUCGGGGGCGCUUCCACACAAAUCACUUUCCUGCCGCAGUUUGAGAAAACUCUGGAACAAACCCCUAGGGGCUACCUCACUUCCUUUGAGAUGUUUAACAGCACGUAUAAGCUCUAUACACAUAGUUACUUGGGAUUUGGAUUGAAAGCUGCAAGACUGGCAACCCUGGGAGCCCUGGAGACAGAAGCAAAGGAUGGACAGACUUUCCGAAGUGCCUGCCUUCCAAGAUGGCUGGAAGCGGAAUGGAUCUUUGGGGGCGUGAAAUACCAGUAUGGUGGCAACCAAGAAGGGGAGAUGGGCUUUGAGCCCUGCUAUGCCGAAGUACAGAGAGUGGUACAAGGAAAACUUCACCAGCCAGAGGAGAUCCAGAGAAGCUCCUUCUAUGCAUUCUCGUACUAUUACGAUCGAGCUGUUGACACAGAGAUGAUUGAUUAUGAAAAAGGGGGCAUUUUAAAAGUUGAAGAUUUUGGACAAAAGGCCAGGGAAGUGUGUGAUAACUUAGAAAACUUCACUUCAGGGAGUCCCUUUCUGUGCAUGGAUCUCAGUUACAUCACGGCCUUGUUAAAGGAUGGCUUUGGCUUUGCAGACAGCACUGUGUUACAGCUCACAAAGAAAGUGAACAACAUUGAGACAGGCUGGGCCGGGGGCCACCUUUCACUUGCUGCAGUCCCUGGACAUCACCCACUAAGGUCAAGCACGUCACUGGGGCCUGCACUCCCAAAGGACCUUUUUCCAGGGUGGGGAGAAGACUCUUCCAUGGUCAGGGAACAGCCUGCACUGAAGCCCAGCUGCAGGAAGGGCCUGUCAAGGGUCUUGCCCAUGAGCCUGGAGAUCUGAGUGGAAUUCAUUUCACACAUCUCAUGUGAACUGCUGCCUACCCCUGAGUGUACAGCUAGCGUCAGUCUAAACCUUGGAGAGCCCUAUGAGCCAAAAAGAAUAGCUGUAGAACUUGACCUUGGAGUGAGUGCCCCAGGACUGGUCCUUGGGAACCAAAGGAAAAAAUCUCUCAUUUUAACCCUCUGAGUGCCUCAUUCCUUUGAACUAUUUAAUUUUCUUAUGUGCUGACCGAUGGCAAUCUCAUGAUCCAUCAAUAUCAGUGAUUGUUUUUCUCUCCCCCGUUCUGCCCUGCCUCACUCUUAUCUCUCCACCUACCCUAUCUUAUCUCCUACCCACCAAAAAAGAUAAAAGAAUGCCUGGUUUGGCUUUCUAUGUACAAUUCAAGGGGGUAGGGGGUGGGGUGGUACCACAUAGAAGUUCCAUGUGUGCCUGCGCUGCACUGACUCCUCCCAUCAGCUAGGAGCUGUCCUAAAUCUCAGCUGGAUGGCACAGGCUAGGAGCAAUGCCUGAUGGUCUGAGCCAUCUCUGGGGUCCUGUUCGGGGAGGGUGUGGUUGCCUUGUAAUGACUGCCUUUUAUUCAACUCUUUAUCAACGAUGAGUGAACCUAUCUGAUUUCAAAACUUAGCUAACCUCUGUCUGUGUGUGUGUGUCUGACUUCAAAACUUAGCUAACCUCAGUGUGUAUGUGUGUGUGUGUGUGUGUGUGUCAGAGCCAGGCUAGCGUGUUUAUACUCUUUGUGAGGGUCCCAAAUAUGUUUUAGAGGGUCGGUGAAGAGGAAGACCCUCAAGAUGCAUUGACACCGGGGCUGCAGCAGUGGGCUCACACACCAUUGUGAGGAGGGCACAGGGCUGGGCAGUGCUUCCCUCUGUUGUCAUUGGGUCACUAUGAGUAGGAACCAACUCCACGGUACCCAACAACCCAACUGUCAUCUUUGUGUUUGUAAGAAAUACAACUGCAACGUGGCCUUUUGGUCUGCAGCUAAGGAGAUUAAUUUUGGUCAUACCCCUCCUUGCAGCUUGACCUCUCCACCCACAGCAGUACCUCUUUCUGCCCCAGCUCCUCAUCUUUGCUAUAUCCUCUGUUCAACGGUCAGGCUCCAUGAUUUCUGGGACCAUUCUUGAGGACAUCCACUCUGGCCCAUUAGCACAGAGAACCCUACUUAAUAGCUCCCAAGUUCCUUCAUUGUAUGAGUGCCCAGAGCACUUUACCUUGUGGACUGUCUCCCCCAAACUCAUCUACUCUUUCCUCACUUCUAGUCUAGCCAGUGUCGUGUCCUUGACCCACAAGGUCUUCCUGCUGUCUGGCUCCUGUACCUUGCUUUCUUUCCAGGAGUCUCUCUCUUCACACACCCUGCCCUUCAGCCUGCUCACCAACAUGCCAGGUGUGACUGUCCUUGGUGGGGAGCCUUUUUUGUCUCUUUUGAGUUAGUAAAUAUUUAACAUCUGCUUUAUGCAAGGUGUUAGGCAAUUUACUUUCUCCUGUGCCUCCAUAUUUUAGUGGUGUUUGUUUUAAAUCCAAAGUGAAGUGUGUUCAAGCGUGUCAGACUUACUACUAGGGCUGCCUGUUCCUCAGAAAGUUGCUAGUAAAUAAUGGAAUCUCUAGCGAUGGGAACAGCCUAAAGUUUCGUCUUCUACCCCACACCCCAUUCCCUUAGCCUUUCUCGCAGGUGCCGCUCAGCUUGUUCUGGCCGGCUGUGUCAGACAGCUCCUUCCACUUGGCGCUGCACUGAGGGUCAACUGUUCCUACAGCAAGCUGCAGCCUACCGUCUUCCCAGAGUUUCACAGCUGCUCCAGCCCCUCGGUCAGCUGAAGAAAGCGCCCAAGUCCUUUGUGAUCUUUUCUUUAACAUAUGUACAGCACGGAUUCCAGACUCUUACCUUGUCCCUCAAAAAAAGAAAGGAAAGGUGCUAGGCCCAUUCACCCCUCUAAAUGAUGCUGUUUCCUAUGAUUUAGAACAUUUCUUCCAGAAAUCAAGUUUUUUCUCCUGAGAGGUGGUCUUUCCCUGAAGACUUCAACUCUGGUAGUAUUCCUUAGGCUUUAUCACCCCAGCUCAUCUGAAGCUUUUCUUAUUUAAACAGCCACGCUUGCACAGUACACGUAUUGUUUGUGACGGGGAGAGUUUGGGAGACCCCAUUGGCCACCCGUCCUCCCUCCUGAACUCCUGGGGUAGAUGCUUUCAACUCAAGAAAAUACAUCCAAACUUGAGUAAGCAUUUGGUGAAUUAACCAACAGCCAUUUUAAGAACAGCUUGGAAUGAGAAUUUUAGAAAUAGUUGUCCACUACAUUUUUUCUGCCCUAGUGUAUAUACCCUGUGGAUCUCUAUUAAGGGUCCCCAAGACAAAUUGCUGGUUUGUUUCCUCCCUGUAAAUGUUGUUUCCAUAUUUUAAAUUCUUAGGGCCUAGCGUGGCCUGUCUUCAUGUUAUAUGAAGGACAUUCUCGGGCUAUGGAGGUCCUUGCAAGUUGUGCCUUAAAAUACCCACUUUGCCUGAUAUCUAGCUUGCCUCCUCUUGGGGAGUCUUAUUUUUUGGGGAAAGGUGGCCUUUUUCAGCAAUGACCUCCCUUACCAGUAGUCACACAGCUUUUUAGGGGAGCUGACAGCUUUUGUGUUGGGCAGUUCUUCCUGAGCUUCCCGCAAAGGGGGUGACACUGUCACUUUGUACUCGAGCAUCUUAUGAACGUCUACAUUUGCCUGAAAAGCUUCCCAGCAGUAACAAGACUUCUACACAAUCUCACAGACUACUCUCGAGGAGAGCUUACGGGGUUAAAGCGAGUGCUCACAGUGCGUCUUCAGCUCAGGCUUGGAGGCCCCUUCGGCACAGGGUGCACGGAGGGCUCUUCAAGAAGCACCUCCGGGACUGUGACGUGAGCUCUGUCGAAACCCCAGCAGAACGUGGCCUCCUCCAAGCUGCCAUCCAUCAUGAGCAAACACUGCUCCUAACCACGUCCUCCCUCGAGACCUCUGCGUCCCGAGGUCUUUGAACACACACAGUGCGAUUUUUAAUACAGUACAACAGCGGUAUCCCAGAGGAACCAUAAAUUAAAUUGAAAUCUGAUGCUGUGAUGAAGAAGCAAACAAGCAUUACGAUUUUGCCUUUUUGUGAUGAGAUGUAAGAGUCCCCAAUAAAAGUAUUUAAUUAAAAAAAGUUUGCCUUUUCAGAAGCUCCAGUGCACAUGUAACAAAGAUUAAAGUAAUUUGUAUUUAAUUUGCAUUCUGAUGUAAAUUUUUAAAUGGCUAUUCUAACAGCAAAUGCAUUCACUGCAUAUUUCUAAUUCUUGCAUCUAUCAAGAAAAAAACGAUCAAAGUCUCUUCCUCAAAAAGGACUGUUAUUAAGUGAAAAUAAAUGACAUAGUACCUUGAUUUAGUAAUAAAAAGGCUGUUUUAAACCAAA